AUGGAGAAGUCCAAAAACUUUCGCAUUGACGCGCUGUUAGCAGUCGAUACACCCAAAGUGCAGACCUCUCCUCUCGCGCUGGUCACUUCCCUGUCCUCCUCCUCUUCCUCCAUCCCAUCGUCUGGAAGCGUGGCGGCCGCGGAGCUGAGCACCAGCGCCGAGUCUUUACGCACGGAGACUCCCUCUCCUCCGAGGAUUUCCACGUGCGGUUUGAUUCCUAAACCGGGUUUCCUCAGCAGUCCGCACAGCAUGGUUGGAUUACACCCGCAGAGCACCGCAGGCAUCCCGGCACAGGCUCUCUACGGACAUCCCAUGUACACUUACUCUGCAGCAGCGCUAACAGGCCAACACCCUGCCUUGUCCUACUCGUAUCCGCACGGCUCCCAUCACCACCACAGCAGCGAUCCCAUCAAACUGACAGCCAGCACCUUCCAGCUGGACCACUGGCUGCGGGUCUCCACGGCCGGCAUGAUGCUGCCAAAAAUGUCAGACUUUAACACUCAAGCUCAGUCCAAUUUGCUUGGCAAGUGUAGAAGACCAAGAACUGCAUUUACGAGUCAGCAGCUGCUGGAGCUGGAGCAUCAGUUCAAGCUGAAUAAGUACUUGUCACGACCCAAGCGCUUUGAAGUGGCCACAUCCCUCAUGCUCACAGAAACUCAGGUUAAAAUCUGGUUCCAGAACAGACGUAUGAAGUGGAAGAGGAGUAAGAAGGCCAAAGAGCAAGCGGCCCAAGAGGCCGAGAAGAAAGGCACCAAGACCAGCCAGGAGAAAUCAGACGGACUCGAACAGUCGGACUAUAACAGCAAGACAGACUCCAAAAAUGGUAGAAUAAGAGACUUCAGAGACAGUGACGACGACGAGGGAGAUAAUUUCCUGUACAACUCUUCAGACUGCUCCUCGGACGACGAGAGGAACCACGCCAGUGACAUCAGUCCGCAGCCGUGA